AUGUCUCCUGUAUCCCUGAUUUUCAAGAAGACCAGCAAGAAUGGAGGGCUCACCCUCUACCUGGGAAAGCGUGACUACGUGGACCACACAACAUCUGUGGACAAAGUUGAUGGUGUGGUUAAGAUAGACCCUGCAGAGCUUGGAGACAGAAAAGUCUUCUGCCAGCUGGCGUGUGCCUUUCGUUAUGGCAGUGACGACCUGGAUGUGAUGGGCCUGUGCUUCAGGAAGGACAUCUGGAUCGAACACGUCCAGAUCUACCCCCAGACAUCCAAACCGGCUCAGACCCCCAUGCACGACACCCUGUUGGCCAAGGCUGGGGACAACGCCUACGCCUUCACUUUUGAGAUUCCCAACAACCUGCCGUGCUCAGUGUCCCUGCAGCCAGGACCUGAUGACAAUGGAAAGGCCUGUGGUGUUGACUUUGAGGUCAAAGCCUACCUUGCCAAGGAAAAGGACAACCCUGAUGAGAAAGUUGAGAAGAAAGACACAGCUCGCCUCAUUAUUCGUAAAAUCCAGUAUGCCCCCUCUCAGGUUGGCGCUGGGCCAAAAUCUGAAAUCUGCAAGAGCUUUAUGAUGUCCGACAAGCCUGUCCAUCUAGAGGCCUCCCUACAGAAAGAUCUCUACUUCCACGGUGAGAGCAUCCCAAUCAAAAUCAAAAUCAACAACGAGAGCAACAAAACUGUGAAGAAGUUCAAAAUCACUGUGGAACAGUGCACAGACAUCGUGCUGUACUGUGCCGACAAAUACACCAAGACUGUUUACUGCCAAGAGUUUGCUGAGACUGUGGACCCUACUGCCACCUACGACAACACUCUGUCCAUUACACCUUUGCUCAGUGAAAACAAAGAGAAGAGAGGCCUGGCACUGGACGGUCGGCUUAAAGAUGAAGAUACCAACCUCGCCUCCACCACAAUCCUGAAGACAAACAUUGAGAAGGAAGUGCUGGGAAUCCUGGUCUCCUACAAGAUCAAGAUCAACCUGAUGGUGGCUGGAGGAGGCCUGCUGGGAGGCCUUACUGCCAGUGAUGUCACAGUUGAGCUGCCGUUGAUGCUUAUGCACCCCAAGCCUGAGGAGUAA